AUGUUGCAUCUGUCUAAAAUUGGUAUCCAACAAUCAACCAUUCAACAUAACACAUAUACAUUCCAUUGUUUAUUAUUUCUUAUUGAUGAGAAUAUUAUCAUGAACGGCGCAGGUUAUUUACAUCGUCCAUCAUCGGUUGGUAUUCUUGCUUGUGAACUUUACAUUCCGCCACUUUAUGUUGAACAAUCGAAACUGGAAGUGCAUGAAAAUAUCUCAAAAGGCAAAUACACAAUCGGACUAGGACAACAACGUAUGUCCAUAUGUUCCGAUCAUGAAGAUAUAUGUUCGUUAUGUUUAACUGUUUUAUCACGUUUACUUGAUGAAACCGGUGUACAUCCUCAACAAAUUGGUCGACUAGAUGUUGGAACAGAAACGUUGAUCGAUAAAGCAAAAUCGAUAAAAACAGUUCUUAUGCAAUUAUUUGUUGAUCAUGAUAAUACAGCUGUCGAAGGUGUAGAUAAUGUAAAUGCUUGCUAUGGUGGUACUGCGGCUAUAUUCAAUGCUAUUCAUUGGAUUGAAUCAAGCUUUUGGGAUGGACGAUACGCUGUUGUAGUUAUGGGUGAUAUAGCUGUCUAUCCCAAAGGUAAUGCCCGUCCAACAGGUGGUGCUGGUGCUUGUGCUCUUCUUAUCGGUCCAAAUGCUCCAGUUGUUUUUGAAUCCGGUUGUCGUGCAACACAUAUGGCGCAUGUGUAUGAUUUCUAUAAACCUAAUUUAAAUUCACUAUAUCCAAUUGUCGAUGGCCAAUUAAGUGUUCAAUGCGUGAUUUCGGCACUUGAUACAUGCUAUACGCAGUUUUGUACAAAAUCGCAAAUGAAUCAUGAAUCUCAUUCACACACACAUACGAGUACAUUGACGUCACGCGAAGUCAAUUUAUCGACAUUUGCCGCCGUUCUAUUUCACACACCCUAUGUGAAACUUGCACAAAAGUCUCUAGCUAGAUUAUAUUUAAAUGAUCUCAUUCGAGCUUGUCCCUAUAUACCAAGUGCAAUCUCAGAAAAAUAUAAAAAUCUCGAUAUUCGUACAUUAAUCAAUGAUAAAGAACUUGAACGGGAAAUGAUUGAACAAAGUAGAGAGUUAUAUGAACAGAAAACUUUGCCGGGUGUUUAUUUUGCACAAAACAUGGGCAAUAUGUAUACAUCAUCAGUUUAUUACAGUCUCUUUUCGUUUUUAAUCAGUCAACCAAAUGAGGAACAAUUGUAUGGACGACGUAUUUUACUUUUUUCCUAUGGCUCUGGAUUAGCAUCGUCCAUGUAUAGUGUAGUUUGUCGUAAAGUUCAUGAAUGUCGAUUUACAUUAGCACAAUUACAGCGAAGUAUUCAACGUGCUCGCGAACGCCUUGACAACGAGAGAAUAGAAAUUUCACCGGAGAUUAUGGACAAAAUCCUGUUAGAACGUGAAGAGAAUCAGCAUAAAGUAUCUUUCGUGCCAAAACAGCCGAUGGAAAUUCUAAAGUCAGGUGAUAUUUACCUGAAGUCAAUUGAUAAAAACUAUCGACGUUCCUAUGACAAAUUGAUUAGCAAAGAUAACAGUGAAGGAAAUGCUGAUAAUGGCAACGAUGUGCAACAACUUUAUACUGAUUAUUUUCAAAAUCGUCAAACAAGUGGUGAUCUUUAA